CCGGCGCGGUUCAAGGCGACUCAGAGGGACACCCAUAACCGCCGCCUCCGACCUGUACGGUUCCCGUCGCGCCGCUCACACUAUUUUACUCUUAUAAAAAGACUAAAUAUUGGACCUGUGACCCAAAACGCCACGGCCGCGCGAGAGCGAUGGCGCGGCGCCUCCUCCGCCUCGCCGCAAUCGCCGCCGCCACGGCCCAACAACAAACGCAGACGACGACGACCUUCCAGCAGGGCGCGAAAAAAGAAUGGACCUUCGGCGACAAUCAAUACAAGAAGGUAAGAGACGCCGUGAAACCGAGAACGGGCGGCGGCAUGGAGGACGAGCGCUGGAAGCUCGACGAUCGUUCCGAGUGCUACUCCGGCACGGACGAGUACAUGCUCCGCUCGGUGUUCUGCGACGCCGAGUGCCUCUCGGACAACAAAAAUGAUCCGAGCUGCGCGGGGCCCUGGUACUGCGCGCGCACGAAGGUCUGCGAGGAGUUCCACGACCCCGACAACCGCGAUAACGUCGAUCCAGAAAAUAGAAAAUGUGCGAUUAUUCGCAGCUGCGCGAACCACAGCCAGUGCUACCCGACGGCGGCGGAGCAGAAGGCCAUGGGCAUCUCUACCGUUAACGCGGACCUGUCCAAUUUGGACGACACGCCCUUCAAAUACGAGAUCGCGGGCUUCACGGUCGAGACGACGUGCUGCGUGAACAAGAAGGCGUACAAGCACGACGUGGACAUCCCCUGCAACGCGGCGGCGCGGCGCGGGGUCGCGGGAGCGGCCCUCGUCGCUCUUCUGGGGGUUGCUAUUGUGUAA